AACUGAUCACCGAAAAGAGAAAAAACAAGUAAUUAAGCAUCUGCUCUACGAUGGAAACCAAACCCACGGCCAAGGAUGAGACAUGUUAUGAGGAAUUCGAACCGUUUUGCCAAUGGAACAAGGAGGAAGGACAUGACAUUCUUGAAGUUCAUUUACAAGGUUUCAAAAGACAAGAUAUUAGAGUUCAAAUCAACAAUUGGGGCAUCCUAACCAUUAGCGGAAAGCAACCUAGGGUUGAAGAAACUACAUCUGCUAUACCCAGCCGCUUCUGUAAAGAGAUCAAAAUUUCUAAACAUUGUACUACGAAUGGUAUCCGCGCUAAGUUUUCCCGUGGAAUUCUUUCCAUAACCAUUCCAAAAGAAGCUCAGCACGGCGGAGUGAAUGCUGCAUGGGCGUCAGCUAAUGACUACUUAGUUGGUUUAAGAAGCAAAGUUUUGAAGCCAAGGCUGAGCAAGAAGACAGCUGUGAUGGUGGUGGUGGUUGUUCUGGUCAUGGCUCUGGGAGUUUAUGUAGUGUGUAGAUAUCCGAAGUCAGCUAGCUAGCUACUCUUACAGUUCAAAAUUGAUCAACAAUUUUAGCAAAACAUUUUUAAUUUUCGGACCAUAUUACAUUUCUAUAUUACCUGGUCAUUUCACUUAAUUUACUUGG